GUGCAGUGGGAAUCCUCGAGAAGACUUGAAGCAGGGACACAUCAUGGUCUGAUUUCAUUUUUAAAAGUCAUCUUAGAGUGGGCAAGUCUACAGCUGACUCAUAGCACCUCCCAUUUCAACCUUGUUAAAUAAGAACAAGCUACCUUUUCCCGAACACUUACUGUGAGUUCACCCGACAAGCCACACUUUUAAAUGCCCUCCAGGCCAGGUGUCUGGGACCAUCCAUGGCUGCACGAGGCACUGAGUACAGACAGUGAGUGAACCUGAGUGUCUGCGUGGAAAAGAGAGCGAGGGAGAAACACACAUCCUGAAUGGCUCCAGAUGUUAACAGGAGCCCAGUUAAAUCUUGCUGGCGGCGCCUCAUUCCGGCACCCCGCCCUGGCGAGCACCAUGCCUGCCUGCCGCCUCGGUCCUCUCCUCGCCGCCCUCCUCCUUGGCCUGCUGCUGGGCCUCCCCCCGGUCACAGGCGCAGGCGCAGAGAAGCCGGGUGUGUGUCCCGAGCUGGAGGGUGACGUGAACUGCACGAAGGCUUGCGUCUCGGAUGAGAACUGUAAGGACAACCUCAAGUGCUGCCAGGCCGGCUGCGCCACCGUCUGCCAGAUGCCUAAUGAGAAGAAGGGCUCCUGCCCUAAGGUGGACAUCGCCUUCCCCCAGCUCGGCCUCUGCCGGGACCAGUGCCAGGUGGACAGCCAGUGUCCUGACCUGUUGAAAUGCUGCCGCAAUGGUUGCGGGAAGGUGUCCUGUGUCACCCCUGUCUUCUGAGCUCCAGCCACCGCAGCCUGUGGACUGAGGGAGCAGCAAUGUCUGCCUGGCCCUGUCUGGCUCCAGCCCAGCUGCCCUCCUCCCUGGCCUCUUCCCUCCAUCCUGAGCUGACCACAGCUGCUUCUUUUUCCAACCAAUAAAGUGACUGCUUCCAGCA